CUGUACUACACGCAUAAAGAUAAAGGUGGCAUUUUCGGCGUCUGUCUCAAAGUGAAGUAAUAAAAUUAUUGAAAGUUAGAUUUAUUGAUUUUUAUUGCUAAUAAAACUUUGUAGAUAUAAGAAGAACAGUUCUAGCCUUCAGAUUAAUCAGAAUACUCACUGUUAGUAAACCAUGUUAAGCCGAAAGAGACGCGCCAGUUCCAUCAGCAGCAAGAACGAUGAGGAGACAUUGCAAAUGGAUGAUUCCACGCCGGAAAAAUCACCGGUUUUGGCGACUGCAUCAUCAAACACGUUGAUAUCAACAAUGUCCUCGGUGAGAAAGAAAAGAAAAUUGGAUCCCAGUGAAAUGUGCCAGUCGUUAUAUGACUCCAUACGUAACAUCAAAAAGGAAGAUGGCUCAAUGUUGUGUGACACUUUUAUAAGGGCGCCGAAAAGACGCCAAGAGCCCUCCUACUAUGAUGUGGUCAACAAUCCUAUUGAUUUGCUUAAGAUACAGCAAAAGCUAAAGACCGACAUAUACGACGAUUUGGAUGAUUUAGUGCAGGAUUUCGAAUUGUUGGUUAACAAUGCCAAGGCAUUUUAUAAGCCAGACACCAUGGAGCAUCAGGAUGCAGUGGCUUUGUGGCAAUAUGUAACAACUAACAAACAGAAACUGUUAGAUUCCAUGGGCAUGGCUGAGGAUGAACCAAGAAGCAAGAGAGGACGAAGGCGCUUGACCUGUACUGCAGACGAUGACUCGAAAGAUGAUGAGUGCAAUAUGUACGAAGAGUUAUUUGCCUCCGUAAUGACUUCGGUGGAUGCGACCAUGAAUGAUAGGCCAUUGCAUAGAAUGUUUUUGCUUUUGCCCUCUAAGAAGAUGUAUCCUGACUACUAUGAUGUCAUUGAACAUCCAAUUGAUUUGAGACUCAUAGCCACAAAAAUUCAAACCAAUGCCUAUUCAAAUUUGCAAGAAAUGGAAAAGGACUUGUUGCAGAUGACUAAAAAUGCCUGCCAAUUCAAUGAGCCUGGCUCGCAAAUCUAUAAGGAUGCCAAGACAUUGAAGAAAAUGUUUACCCAAAAACGUUUGGAGCUGGACACGGGUAAAGUUAAGCCAACAAAAAGACCGAAAAGCGUCUCAAGUGCUGCCAUUGCGGCCCUUAAGGAAGAAGUCGAUAGUUCGGACGAUGAGGAGACCAGCAAAAAGGGCGAAGGUCCUAUGUGGGCCUUGUUUGAUCACCUAUACAAUGCGCCGGGUUUCUCCGAACAUCCAGGAGCCACCGGUCCCCCUCUGGGUACUUCCCUAUGGAAGUUGCCCAUACGCAGAUUUCAUCCUGAAUAUUUUGAGUUAAUCAAAAGGCCUAUUUCGAUGUGUCAAAUACAAACUAAACUCAAUAAAGGAGAAUACGCCAAUAUUAGCGAUCUUACGGCAGAUUUGUAUUUAAUGCUUGACAAUGCCAAAAAGGCAUAUCCUCCCACACAUAGAACUCAUAAGGACGCAGUAAAAAUGCUAAAGCUUAUGAAUACCAAAUUGGUGGAGGAUGCCCCAGAUCAAGAUACAAGUGAAAUGGAGGAGGAAGAGGAAGACGAAGAAGAAGCCGAUGAGGACGAAGCAGACCAGACUAUAGUGGCAACAACUGAACCGGUACCUGAAAAACGCAAAAAGGGACGUCCUCGUCUUAAUCCCAUUGCAAAUCCAUCUGCAUUGAACACCAGUGCAACUAGUACACCAAAGCCUCAGCGUAUGACAAUUAAUGCGGCAUUAAGGAAAAAAGUUUUGGCCUUGCACAAGUAUUUAUUGGAUUUUUCAUUGGGCACACGCAAACCCAUUGACUUGUUUAUGGAAAAACCGCCACGUAAAAUCUAUCCCGAUUACUAUGAUAUCAUACAGAAUCCCAUCGAUAUGAACACCAUUGAACAUAAUAUACGUGCUGAAAAAUAUCGUGAUGUUGAAGAUGUGGUGGCCGACUAUCGUCUAAUGUUUGCCAAUUGCCGUCAGUAUAAUGAAGAAGGUUCCAACAUCUACGAAGAUGCCAAUGUGCUAGAGAAGGCAUUAAACGAAAAACUUAAAGAAUUUCCUGGUCUUAAUGAAAUCAAGAAACCCCUGCAAAAACUUAACAAAUGUGGCCGUGGUCGCAGCAACGUCAUGCCAAUGUCUGAGAAACUAUGGCAAUUCUUUGAGUCUAUACGCGAUUAUCAAGAACCCAAAGGCAAACGUCAGCUAUCGUUGAUUUUCACCAAGCUACCUUCAAAAGCAGACUACCCCGAUUACUACGAUAUCAUUAAGGAGCCCAUGGAUAUGGAGCGAAUUGCCAAUAAGUUGAAGCAGGGCCUUUAUGAGACCAUUGAUGAGUUGGCAGCAGAUUUUCUUCUCAUGCUGGAGAACUCCUGCAAAUACAAUGAGCCGGAUUCACAAAUCUACAAAGAUGCGCUGGUGUUGCAACAACUAACUUUGCAAUUGAAGCAAAGUUUGCGAAGUGCUGGUGACACAGUACCCGAUGUUGGUUUGGCGGUGCAGGAACUUUUGCUUACCAUGUUUUCGGCGGUGUAUAACCAUCAGGAUGAGGCUGGACGUUGCUAUUCGGAUUCUUUGUUGGAGUUGCCCGAAUAUGAUGAAUUGCCUGGGGAACAAAAAGUGCGAGGCAUCUCUUUGGAUGUGGUUAAAAGACGUCUCUACAAAGGGGUGUAUAAGCGCAUGGAUAUCUUCCAGGAAGAUGUCUUUGCCUGCUUUGAGAGGGCCAGGAAAUUGUCAAGAACUGAUUCGGAUAUAUUUCAAGAUUCCAUAGAAUUGCAGACAUUUUUCAUUAGGAAAAGAGAUGAGGUGUGCCGUGAUACUCUAAGCACUCCUGCCCAAAACUAUACUCUGGACAAGCUGCUGGCUGAGGUGGAACUUUUGAAGCAGCAAAAAUCCUCUCAAGAAGAUCAGGAUCAAGAUGAGAAGGAGGAGUUGGAUCGGGCAGCUACUCAAGGCGAGAGCAUGACCUACAAUCAGAAGGUCUUCUCUCCCGGUGACUUUGUCUACUUCCAACAUAAUGAUCAUAAAUUGCCCAGCAUAGCGUACAUUGAGCGUUUGUGGACCAAUGAGGAUAACAUAAAAAUGAUGUUGGGCUCUGUGUUCCUUAGCCCUCAUGAAACGUAUCAUGUGCAGACCAGAAAGUUCUUCGAAAAAGAAGUCUUCAAAAGCAAUGUUUCCCAGAACAUACCCAUGGAAAGGGUAAUGGGCAAAUGCUAUGUCAUGCAUAUUAAGGACUACAUUAAAGCUCAGCCAGAGAAUUUCGAGGAGAAGGAUGUUUUUGUUUGUGAAUCUCGUUACCAUGUGCGCAGCAGGUCUUUUAAGAAAUUGAAAAGUUGGCCUCUGGUUAGGGAGAACGAUCCCGUGAAGUUUAUACCACGCAGCAAGCCCAUUGAAAUAAAACGGGUCAUGUCCGUGUUCAAGGAGCGUGUGGAAAAGCACAAAGGCGAAUUGGAGGAAUUAAAAAUGCAAGAAUGCCUGGUGGAGAAGGAGAAGCCCAAUGUCCCCUGCGAUCCACCGCCAAUUCCCGAACCCAAUGCUGUCUACUAUCAGCAAUUCAAUACCAUUUGCAGUGGUGUGGUCAAGACUGGGGACUUUGUGUAUGUGGCCACUCAGAGUGGCAAACAGUCCAUUGCUCAAAUCCAUCAGAUAUGGGAACAGAAUAACAAGUCCUAUUUCAAAGGGCCCUGGUUGUUGGCGCCCAAUGAAAUAUCGCCAGCCCUGCCCACUCAGCCGCCUAUGGGCAAGCAAUUCUAUAGGCAAGAGCUGUUGCUGUCCACCGUUGAGGAGGCAAGUCCGGUAAUAGGUAUAGUAGGCCGUUGUGCAGUUUUGGAAUUUCAGGAGUACAUCACCAGCCGUCCCACCGAGUUUGUUGAAAGUGAUGUGUACAUCUGUGAAGCUGCCUACGAUGAGCUCAAGAAGUCGCUGCGUAAGUUCAAUGCACCCAAUUCGAUACGCAAAUUUCGCCAUAGUCCCGAGGUGACACAAGACGAGAUACUGUACUUCAAGGUGCCCAUUAAACCGUCCAAGGAAACCAAACAACAAGAAAUGAACGACAGUCUGGGCAUUAUGGAGGAUUCUAUGGAUGGCAAUCCACCAUCGGUUAGUUCGGAUAUAGCCACAAUAUCAUCGCCAGCACCUUCGGUGUCCUCUACACCGUUGUCAUCGAAGAAAACCAAGACCACCAAGAAGUGUCUCACCGGUUAUAUUCUGUAUUCCAGUGAGCAUAGGAAGGGAAUUUGCACCGCCAAUCCAGAUGCCUCUUUUGGUGACAUAUCACGCAUGGUGGGCAAUGAAUGGAAAAAUCUACCCUCCAGUGUCAAGCAGAGCUGGGAAGAUCGAGCUCAGCGCAUAAACGAAGAAACCAAUGCUCGCCGUGAACUUAUGGAGGAGUCCUUGGCUUUGAACAACUGUGCCAGCCCUGCUCCUGCCAAUGAGCAGCAAACUGGCCUUACCUUUGAGUGUCUCUGGGAUAAGUGUGACUUCCAGUUUGAAGAUUCAGUCGACUGUAUGGAGCAUUGUUUGGCCGACAACACCGGCCAUGUGCAGCGCUCUGCCCAACAGACAGACACCGAGUACUACUGUCAGUGGCGCAACUGCAUACGCAUGAAAAAGAAUCUGCAAGCCUUUCCCUCACUCACUAGGCUCAUUAAACAUGUGCGAGAAGUUCAUUUACCCAAAUCGGGUAAAGUUAUACCGGUACAUGAGCGCAGCAAGAACUAUGUGGCACGUAAACAUAAACUAAACCACAAUGUUUCGCAACACAUGUCCACAAGUAUGAACAACACCAUGAUACCCAACUCAAAUCACUCUCCUCGAGGUGGUGGCAUGGAUCACAAUAUGGCCAUGCAGUAUCAACAUACGCAUAUCUAUGCACCACCGCCGGAACCCUUGUUUGUCACUGUACCGCCGAGGCCGCAGCGUGUUUUACAUUCUGAAGCCUAUAUCAAAUACAUUGCCUCCCUUCAAGGCACCACACAUCAACAGAAUGCCCAAAACUCUGCUAACUGGAAGAGGGCUUUGACACAACUGACCCCAGCAGAUAUAACCAAGCCCAAGAAUCUCCUACCCUCGCAGUGGUUGGGCAGGUAUGCCAGCAGUAAUGUGGAUGAUGUAGUUAAGGCCCUGUGCCAUAUGCGCAACCACAUGAUGGACGAUGUACUACAAAUACAGCGUAGUUUUAAUACUUUUUAAUCUAUACAUAUAUAAGUACCUAUUUAUAUACAUACAUACUUGCGUUUUUUUUUACAAUUUAUUUUUAAUAAGAGACACAAUUUUGACAAUUGGUUGUUGCAUUCUCUCAAGAUUAUGAUAAUGCUGCUUAUUAUGUGUACAUUUUUAGUAUUAUAGCAAUUGUAAGCGUGAAACUUAUAUUUUGAAAAUUUGUAAA